AUGGGAAAGCAGACUACUGCUGGGAUACUCACACCUACAGUACCCAUCCCCUCGCUCGGUGUUCCUAGGCAACCCAAGCUCCUCACCUCGAUAUCACGGAGCCUCCCUGAAGAUCAGAGGUUGAUUCAGAGUACGGAAAGAGGUUCCAAGAAGUUGAUCGCAAAAAAAAGAGCAAAGAAGAACGAAAACAAUCGAGAAGAGAACCAGGAGCGUGGACCCCCUAAGCACAACAACCAGCUGCACACAACACACAACAAGCGUCCUGCAUUCGGCGAGAGGGGCGGAGCUUGGCACGGCGCCAGAGACUCAAAACCUUCUUGUUCUUUUUCUUCUUCUUCUUCUCCGACGACGAGCGGCGCUCCUUUUUUUGAGGCACCCUACUCUACAACUACUACUACUGAAGUAGACGACGAAGCUGUCGGAGAGGGUGGUCUCCAUCGCCGUCGUCGGGGGCACAAGAAUCCAUCAAAAACAGCAUCGUCGCCACGUUAG